GCCAACAGCUCGUGCCAGUAUCUUGUAUUCUAAUUGGUGGCGAUGUUUGUUUUUGUCGGCCAAUCACCGCGCAGUUCAUUGGGCGGCCGAACACACACUUGUUCCUGUACUGUGGCGCGUUCAAGAACCAGCAGGAACCAUGGGGGUGCUGUCCACGCUGAUGAGGGGUCUGGUCCGCGGCGCGGACAGGAUGUCCGAGUUCACCAGUAAGCGCGGGUCCAGGACGCACAACAAGGGCAGAGGCUCCCGGCCCGCAGGCCUGAGGCUCUCCAGCGGGAAGUUCCUGUCCGUCCGGGCCAUGAUCCCUGAGUUCGUGGUGCCCCAUCUGGAGGGAUUCAAGCUGAAACCCUACGUCUCGUACCGGUCACCGAGGGGGACGGAACCUCCGCUGACUGCCCAGGGUUUAUUUGAUCAGGUUGCUACCCCUCAGAUCGAGAAGGACUUUGAGGAGGGCGCCUUCAGCAGAGGUCAGCUGGAGAAGUACGGAUUUGAACCCACGCAGGAGGGCAAGCUGUUCAAGCUCUACCCUAAGAACUAUGUGCGUUAAUGUUGGAGGACUGGGGACAUCAGCCUUCAACACAUGUGGGACUAAAGCUGUCAUUUCUAAGAAGUGUUAAAUAAAAUGUGGAAAUAAAUUCGAUGAGCAUCACUGUCCAUGGCAGAGGUUAUUUACAUGUCAGGGUUUAAGUUGGACCGUAAAACAGCUGGUAAAGCUUCAGAAACAACUUCUGGAGGAUGUUCAUGGUACAUUUUGUAGGAAAAACAAAUGCCUCAAGUGACCCAUUGAACUGGAUAUUCUGGACACAAUAAAAUUGUUUAUUUAA